GGGCGGGCCUGGCCUUGCUCCUGGACUCUGGUAUUGGCUGGAACUGGGGGGUGGGGAAGGGCGGUCUGAAGACCUGACAAAGCGAAGCCAGUCUGUUUCUGGCAGCUCUCGGAACAGUUGAGGCUAGAUGGACACUGAGCCUGUCUGUUCAGACCACGGCACCAUGCCCAUGACACUGGGUUACUGGGACAUCCGUGGGCUAGCCCAUGCCAUUCGCCUGCUCCUGGAAUACACAGACUCAAGCUAUGAGGAGAAGAGAUACACCAUGGGGGACGCUCCUGACUAUGACCAAAGCCAAUGGCUGAACGAGAAAUUCAAGCUGGGCCUGGACUUUCCCAAUCUGCCCUACUUAAUUGAUGGUUCACACAAGAUUACCCAGAGCAACGCCAUCCUGCGCUACCUUGGCCGAAAGCACAACCUGUGUGGGGAGACAGAAGAGGAGAGGAUUCGUGUGGACAUUCUGGAGAAUCAGCUUAUGGACAACCGCAUGGUGCUGGCAAGGCUUUGCUAUAAUGCUGACUUUGAGAAACUGAAGCCAGGGUACCUGGAGCAACUGCCUGGAAUGAUGAGGCUUUACUCUGAGUUCCUGGGCAAGCGGCCAUGGUUUGCAGGGGACAAGAUCACCUUUGUGGAUUUCCUUGCUUACGAUGUGCUUGAGAGGAACCAAGUGUUUGAGGCCAAGUGCCUGGACGCGUUCCCAAACCUGAAGGACUUCAUAGCGCGUUUUGAGGGCCUGAAGAAGAUCUCCGACUAUAUGAAGACAAGUCGCUUCCUCCCAAGACCUAUGUUCACAAAGAUGGCCACUUGGGGAAGCACAUAGGACCUUGACAGGGUGGGCUGUAGGAUAAAGAUACCAGAUCUCCUGGGUUUGCCAGGAGCCCUGGGGAGUAGGCAGGAUCCCUGCAGCCCCAGACCCACCUUCUUCCUUCCUUCUAUCCCAUUCCAGAUCCCAAUCCUCACUAGCUCUCUUUUUUGGCCAUCCAAUCCCUGCCAAAUACAGGCUCUUAAAAACCCAGCAAUUCCUUUUCAUUAGCAAAGUGGCCUUCUAAAGCUAAAGUGCCCCUUAGAAGCUCAUAUGUUCAGACACUUGGUUCCCAACUCAUGGCUAUUUUGGGCAGUUGUGGGCUCUCCAGCAGGUGGGGUCUAUCUGGAGACAGUAGAUUGAUAAGAGUUUUGACCACUGUAGCCCAGCCCCUCUUCUGCUUGCUCUGUUUCCUGAGACAAGCUAUAAUCAGAAUGUGCUGUGACCCCAGCACUUGUCACUACAUCUGUGAUCCUCUCCUACCACUCUCUCCCUGCUCCUGUGAGCUGUACCUCCUGAACCAUGAACCUGAAUAAAUUAUCCUCCCCUUA